UAUUACUUAAACUCAAACUAAAUUAUAUCCCCCCCUCUCUCCCUCCUUUCUAUCCCUUUUUAUAUCACAAAGUUCUUCAAACCUACAAACACCAAAGAAACAAAAUGAGUUUCUUUAAGACAAAGAAAUCCAAAAGUUUCCCUAUAGACAAAACACCAUCACAAAUACAAACAAAAGAAAUCAAGAACAUCAAACAUGAAGUUAUUUUAAACAUCCCAUCAUGCAAAGUUCAUCUAAUGGAUGAAGGGGAAACUCUAGAACUUUCCAAUGGAUUUUUCACAAUUUUUUCAAUAUUUGAAGAAGGUGUUUGUGUAGCUACAAUCAUAAAAGUUGGUGAUGAACUUCAAUGGCCACUUACAAAAGAUGAACCAAUAGUAAAGCUUGAUUCUUUGCAUUAUUUGUUCACUUUGCCUAUAAAAAAUGGACAUACUUUAAGUUAUGGUGUCACAUUUUUAGAAAAGGGUAGUGGAAAUCUUGGAGUUUUAGAUGAAUUUCUUAAAAAAAAUGCUAUGUUCACUUGUUCAUCAAAAUCAUUAAUUAGGAAAAGUGAUAUUGAUUGGAAAGAAUUUGCUCCAAGAAUUGAAGAUUAUAAUAAUGUUUUGGCUAAAGCAAUUGCUGAAGGAACAGGUCAAAUUGUUAAAGGGAUUUUCAAAUGUAGCAAUGCUUAUACUAAUCAGGUACAAAAGGGAGGAGAAAAUAUUUUAAUUCGAGCUAUAGAAAAUUCUGAUUCUACUAUUAUCAAAAAGAAGGGCAAUAAUACAACAAAUAAGAGUGCACUCAAUGAAAGCCUAAAACGUGUGAGGAAGUUGUCAAAAAUGACAGAAAAAAUGAGUAAAUCUAUGCUCAAUGGAGUUGGAAUUGCAAGUGGAUCAGUUAUGGGGCCAAUGGUUAGGUCCCAAGCUGGCCAAAAAUUCUUGACCAUGGUCCCUGGAGAAGUUCUAUUGGCUUCACUUGAUGCUCUCAACAAGAUUUUAGAUGCUGCUGAAGCUGCUGAAAAACAAACAUUGUCUGCAACAUCUGGUGCUGUUACAAGGAUGGUCACUCAGAGGUAUGGAGAGAAUGCAGGGGAGGCAACAGGAGAUGCAUUAGCAACAGUAGGGCAUUGUGCAGGAACUGCUUGGAAUGUAUUCAAAAUUAGAAAGGCACUUAAUCCUGCUUCUUCUGUCUCCUCUGGUGCACUCAAAGCUGCAAAAAAUAUAAAAUAGAUGGAGAAAAGGGAAGGAUCGAUCGUAAACAAUCUCUAUGCUCUACAAAAAUAGACGUGAAGUCUGCGUACGUUUUACUUUUCCAGAUCCUGCUUGUUGGAUGACACAUGGUGUAUGUUAUUGUUGUUUGUUGUAUGGAGAACAAAAAGAGUUUAAGUUUUUUUUUCCGAGUUGCUUGAAAAAUA